AUGUGGGCUGUGCGAAACCGGAAAUACGUCAUCCUCGAAUCACGACCUUUCCACGGCACCACAGCCCGCGGAGAUAUGGAGACAUUUGGAAACUCGAAUAAAAAGCAAAAAGUCAGUAGCGUCGACGAUCAAUGGGGGACCCAAAGAGCAACAAAUGUCACCUAUCAAGCCCAUCAUGUGAGCAGAAACAAGCGUGGGCAAGUGGUGGGCACCCGCGGGGGCUUCAGAGGAUGCACUGUCUGGCUCACAGGUUUGUCAGGGGCAGGAAAGACCACUGUGAGCAUGGCCCUGGAGGAGUACCUGGUGUGUCAUGGGAUCCCCUGCUACACUCUGGAUGGGGACAACAUCCGUCAGGGGCUCAAUAAGAAUCUGGGCUUCAGUCCAGAGGACCGGGAGGAGAACAUUCGACGGAUUUCUGAGGUAGCUCGUCUUUUUGCUGAUGCAGGGCUCGUCUGCAUCACCAGCUUUAUCUCUCCGUACAGCAAGGAUCGCGUCAAUGCGAGAAAGAUCCAUGAAGCUACAGGAUUGCCAUUUUAUGAAGUGUUCAUAGAUGCUCCUUUUGACGUGUGUGAGCAACGAGAUGUAAAAGGACUGUAUAAAAGAGCCAGAGCAGGAGAAAUCACAGGCUUCACUGGGAUUGACUCUGAGUAUGAGAAGCCAGAGGCCCCUGAGCUGGUGCUGAAAACUGACUCAUGCAGCGUGAACGAGUGCAUCCAACAAGUGGUGGACCUGCUGCAGGAGAGGGACAUUGUUCCCAUUGAUGCGUUCCAUGAGGUCAAGGAGCUGUACGUGCACGAGAACAAGCUGGACCUGGCCAAAGCUGAUGCCGAGACUCUGCCUGCAGUGCAGAUUGGGAAGGUGGACAUGCAGUGGGUCCAGGUUCUGGCUGAAGGCUGGGCCACUCCUCUCAAUGGCUUCAUGAGAGAGAGGGAAUACUUGCAGUGUCUUCAUUUUGACUGUCUGUUGGACGGGGGGAUCAUCAACCUGUCUGUGCCUGUGGUGCUGCCGGUGUCCAGCGCAGAUAAGGAGCGUCUGGACGGAGUGACCGCCAUGGCUCUGGUCUACGAGGGCCGACGUGUGGCCAUCCUGCGCAACCCAGAAUUCUAUGAGCACCGCAAGGAAGAGCGCUGUGCUCGCCAGUGGGGCACGAGCUGCAAGGACCACCCUUACAUCAAGAUGGUGCUGGAAUCUGGAGAGUGGCUGGUGGGUGGAGACUUGCAGGUUCUGGACCGUAUCCUGUGGCAAGACGGCCUGGACCAAUACAGACUGACUCCCAACGAGCUCAAGCACAAGUUCAAAGAGAUGAACGCAGAUGCCGUGUUUGCGUUCCAGCUGCGUAACCCAGUCCACAACGGCCAUGCGCUGCUGAUGCAGGACACCCACAAGCGGCUGGUGGAGCGCGGCUACCGGCGGCCUGUGCUGCUGCUGCACCCUCUGGGAGGCUGGACCAAAGACGACGACGUGCCUCUGCCCUGGCGCAUGAAGCAGCACGCUGCCGUGCUGGAGGAGGGCAUCCUGAACCCAGACACCACCAUCGUGGCCAUCUUCCCCUCGCCCAUGAUGUACGCCGGCCCCACAGAGGUUCAGUGGCACUGCAGGUCACGAAUGGUCGCUGGGGCCAACUUCUACAUCGUGGGCCGUGACCCCGCUGGUAUGCCUCACCCAGAGACCGGGAAGGACCUGUACGAGCCCACUCACGGGGCCAAAGUGCUGACCAUGGCCCCGGGCCUCAUCACCCUGGAGAUUGUCCCCUUCAAGGUUGCAGCGUACAACAAGGUCAAGAGAGCCAUGGACUUCUAUGAUGCCAAGAACCAUCAGGAUUAUGAUUUCAUCUCUGGCACUCGCAUGCGUCGGAUGGCCCGCACGGGGGAGAACCCUCCUGACGGCUUCAUGGCCCCCAAGGCCUGGGCCGUCCUGAAGGAGUAUUACCAGUCUCUGGAGAAGAAGGCUUAA